CCUACUUCCCUACACUGGAAAAAGCGAGGGGGUAAAUAGACUAGCGGUGCGCGCCGUACACUGAUCCAUCACACUAAAAACCUGCAAAGAUCGCCUGUGAGACUGCUGCAACUACGCUAUAGGCCAUUGAUAUCGCGUUCAUUUCUGGUCAAUUGGUAAGGGGGACAAAGUGUCCAUAAUACAAGGAAAUGGCAGGUAUUUUGGCAUGGUUUUGGAACGAGAGAUUUUGGCUCCCUCACAAUGUAACCUGGGCUGACCUAAAAAACACAGAUGAGGCAACCUUCCCGCAAGUUGAGGAUUUGUAUCUGGCUUGUCCUUUAGCCUUCUGCAUAUUUAUGAUUCGACUGGUUUUCGAAAGGUUUAUUGCCAGACCAUGUGCCUUGGGUCUCAAGAUACAAGCCAAUGGACCACAGAAAGCCCAGCCCAAUGCCAUUUUGGAGAAGGUGUUCACUGCUAUCACCAAGCAUCCAGAUGAGAAGAGGUUGGAGGGCCUGUCCAAACAGCUGGACUGGGAUGUGCGGACCAUCCAGCGCUGGUUCCGACAGCGCAGGAACCAGGAGAAGCCCAGCACGUUGGCUCGCUUUUGUGAGAGCAUGUGGAGAUUUACAUUUUACCUCUAUAUAUUUACCUACGGAGUGCGUUUCCUUAAAAAGACACCAUGGUUAUGGAACACAAGAGAGUGCUGGUACGACUAUCCUUAUCAGCCACUGACAGUGGACAUCCACUAUUACUAUAUACUGGAGUUGUCGUUCUACCUGUCCCUACUCUUCUCCCAGUUCACAGAUAUCAGAAGGAAGGGCUUCCUGGUCAUGUUCCUGCACCACCUGGCGACAAUCUCCCUCAUCACCUUCGCCUACGUCAACAACAUGGCUAGAGUGGGCACACUGGUCAUGUGUCUCCACGACUCCGCCGACGUCCUGGUGGAGGUUGCCAAAAUGGCCAACUAUGCCAAGUUUCAGAGACUUUGCAACCUCCUGUUUGUCAUGUUUGCAAUGGUCUUCAUCAGCUCCAGGCUGGGUGUCUAUCCUGUCUGGAUUUUAAACACUACCUUGUUUGAGAGCUGGGAGAUCGUGGGGCCGUACCCCUCCUGGUGGGUGUUCAACCUGCUGCUGAUCCUGCUGCAGUUCCUACACUCCUUCUGGUCCUACCUCAUAGUGAAGAUAGCCUGUCGAGCCAUCUCCAGAGGAAAGGCAGGGAAGUGGAAUCCUUUACAUGUGUCGAAAGACGACCGCAGUGACAUUGAGUCCAGCUCGGACGAGGACAACGGUCCUCCGCCCACUCCUGUUCAGAAGCACCACAACAGCACCACCAACGGGACCAAUAAAGUCCACGGGACCAAUGGGUACCUGUCAGCAGGGGCCCCUUGUCCAGAUGAACACUGACCACUGCAGAUGAGCACUGGAGCAAAGCUACAGACACCAUUCAUAGAUACAACAUGUGUGCGUGUGUGGACAUGAACAACAUUGCCUGUCUGGUACUGGAAGUUCUUAGUUUCAGUUUGAUUAUUUCCAUGUUUCCCCUCCAUUUUAUUAUCUUUCUCUAUAUUUGCAUCAAACUGCAUUCAAUGAAAUAUCAAAGCACUCCUAUCGGUACAGCCCAGUCUCUCUGUUUAGCCAACGAAUGAACGCAUUCCACUAUUAUGGCGAAAGCAUGCUGUUUAAACAGUCUGACUGGCAUACUGAGGGUAGUUAAUUAUGUUAUGUGUCUUUAUGUUAUUUAUUUUGGAUAGAUAUACAGUACCAGUCAAAAGUUUGGACACCUACUCAUUCCAGGAUUUUUUUACAUUUCUACUAUUUUCUACAUUGUAGAAUAGCAGUGAAGACAUCAAAACUAUGAAAUAACACAUUAAAUAUAUUUUAGAUUCUUCAAAGUAGCCACCUUUUGCCUUGAUGAUAGCUUUGCA